AAAAUGCUGCUCUGGACCAGAAUCGUAUUGGUUGGUCUCGUCUGCUUGUCCUUGGUCGCCUCUGGGAUGGGAUGCGGACCGGGCAGGGGCUACGGCAGGAGAAGACACCCGAAGAAGCUGACACCUCUUGCGUACAAGCAGUUCAUCCCCAACGUGGCGGAGAAGACCCUCGGGGCAAGCGGUAGAUACGAAGGCAAGAUCACGAGAAACUCCGAGCGAUUUAAAGAGCUGACUCCCAAUUAUAACACAGACAUCAUAUUCAAGGACGAGGAGAACACCGGUGCCGACAGGCUAAUGACUCAGAGAUGUAAAGACAAGUUGAACUCUCUGGCCAUCUCGGUGAUGAAUCAGUGGCCCGGGGUGAAGCUGCGGGUCACCGAGGGAUGGGACGAAGACGGACACCACUUCGAGGAGUCGCUCCACUAUGAGGGCCGGGCCGUGGACAUCACCACCUCGGACAGAGACAAGAGCAAGUACGGCACUCUGUCCCGGCUGGCGGUGGAAGCCGGAUUCGACUGGGUCUACUAUGAGUCCAAAGCCCACAUCCACUGCUCGGUGAAAGCAGAAAACUCCGUGGCAGCAAAGUCCGGCGGCUGCUUCCCCGGCUCCUCCACCGUCACCCUGCAGGACGGCACCGAGAAGGCGGUCGGACUCCUCCAAACCGGAGACCGGGUCCUGGCUGCAGACGACGAGGGGAACCCAAUGUACACCGACUUCAUCAUGUUCAUUGACCAAGACUCCACGACCAGGAGGCUCUUCUACGUGAUCGAAACCGACUCGGGCCACAAAGUCACCCUCACCGCGGCGCACCUCCUCUUCGUGGGCCACAACGCCACGGGAGGGGCGCAGCAGAUGUCGGCGGUCUUCGCCAGCCAAGUCCGACCCGGACAAAAGGUGUUCGUGUUCGAGUCCGAGCGAAGUCGACUCGAGCCCGUGACCGUAAAACGGAUUUACACGGAAGAGCACGAGGGCUCCUUUGCGCCGGUGACCGUGCAGGGGACCGUCGUGGUGGACCAGGUCCUCGCGUCCUGUUACGCAGUGAUCGAAGACCACGACCUGGCGCACUGGGCCCUGGCACCCGUCAGGUUCGCCCACUGGGUGUCCUCGUUGCUUUUCCCUUCCCAGAAGCCUCGAGUCCGCGCACAGAACGACGGGGUGCACUGGUACUCCAAGCUCCUUUAUCAAUUAGGAACAUGGCUCCUGGACAGCCACUCGAUCCAUCCACUUGGGAUGUCCGUGUCCUCAAGCUGAAACCUCCACUCCAGGAGCAGAAUGAGACUUACAUGUAGGACACACGAACUAUUCAGUAGAUUAAACAAAUUAAAUAAUAAUAAUAAUUAAACGAACGAACGAACAAACAAACAAGACAAAGGCCCCAGCGGAGUUGGGAUAUUUAUUUCAGUGACUUUUUCCAUGUGUCCCCUUUCAAAGAAUGAAUGGAGCCUUAACAAGUUUCU